GCGUUCUCCUGGCUUGGUUGGGCAGGGCUUCCAAGGGCCGAUGAAAGCUGAGGGAACUGGGCUCAAAGUGUGUCUUCCUGCCUUUCCCGGGAGGAAGCUGUGGACACACUCCGAGGUCGAGAAGGUAGUAGUGGGGGAACCUUUCCCUCCAGGGUCCUGGGUCAUCGAGUCCUCAACCCAACUCAGACUCUCCUGAACCUUAACUGGAGACGCUCUAGGAUCGGAAGUUGCUAUGGCAACGAAGCUCUCAGCAUACUGAGAAGAGCUCAGGCCUAGAGAGGCGCCAACCUCCUCUACCCCCCACUUCCGACCCACGGAUAAAGUGGCGCCCCCUACGCACAGGAACCGUUCCUGGGCCCCCGCCCCGGCGCGGAGACCACCGUGGACCUCCGGGGGCGGGAGGCCGCUCUGGCCCCAAGCGGAGCCUCUCGCUGGUAGACGGGCCCGAGGGAGCCCCUCUGGGCGCAGCGCCGCUGAGCUGCUCGAUGCUCCAGCCGGAAGUGCUCUUCACCGCCUGCCUCCCACCCGCCUCUCUGGUCCCGGCGGUAAGAUGGCGGCUGCCGCGGAGUGCGAUGUGGUAAUGGCGGCGACCGAGCCAGAGCUGCUCGACGACGAGGAAGCGAAGAGGGAAGCAGAGUCUUUCAAGGAACAAGGAAAUGCAUACUAUGCCAAGAAAGAUUACAAUGAAGCUUAUAAUUAUUAUACAAAAGCCAUAGAUAUGUGUCCUAAAAAUGCUAGCUACUAUGGGAAUCGAGCAGCCACUUUGAUGAUGCUCGGAAAAUUCCGGGAAGCUCUUGGAGAUGCACAGCAGUCAGUGAGGUUGGAUGACAGUUUUGUCCGGGGACAUCUACGAGAGGGCAAAUGCCACCUAUCUCUAGGGAAUGCCAUGGCAGCAUGUCGUAGUUUCCAGAGAGCCCUAGAACUGGAUCACAAAAAUGCUCAGGCGCACCAGGAGUUCAAGAAUGCUAAUGCAGUCAUAGAAUAUGAGAAAAUAGCAGAAACGGAUUUCGAGAAGCGAGAUUUUCGGAAGGUGGUUUUCUGCAUGGACCGUGCCCUAGAAUUUGCCCCUGCCUGCCAUCGCUUCAAAAUCCUCAAAGCAGAAUGUUUAGCAAUGCUAGGUCGUUAUCCGGAAGCACAGUCUGUGGCCAGUGACAUUUUACGAAUGGAUUCUACCAAUGCGGAUGCUCUGUAUGUACGAGGUCUUUGCCUUUAUUAUGAAGAUUGUAUUGAGAAGGCGGUUCAGUUUUUUGUACAGGCUCUCAGAAUGGCUCCUGACCAUGAGAAGGCCUGCAUUGCUUGCAGAAAUGCUAAAGCACUUAAAGCAAAGAAAGAAGAUGGGAAUAAAGCAUUUAAAGAAGGAAAUUACAAGCUAGCCUAUGAACUGUACACAGAAGCCCUGGGGAUAGACCCUAACAAUAUAAAAACAAAUGCUAAACUCUACUGUAAUCGGGGCACGGUUAACUCCAAGCUUAGGAAACUAGAUGAUGCAAUAGAAGACUGCACGAGUGCAGUGAAGCUCGAUGCCACUUAUAUAAAAGCCUACUUGAGAAGAGCUCAGUGUUACAUGGACACAGAACAGUAUGAAGAAGCAGUGCGGGACUAUGAAAAAGUAUAUCAGACGGAGAAAACAAAAGAACACAAACAGCUCCUCAAAAAUGCACAGCUGGAACUGAAGAAGAGUAAGAGGAAAGAUUACUACAAAAUUCUGGGAGUGGACAAGAAUGCCUCUGAGGAUGAAAUCAAGAAAGCUUACCGAAAACGGGCCUUGAUGCACCAUCCAGAUCGGCACAGUGGAGCCAGUGCUGAAGUUCAGAAGGAAGAGGAGAAAAAGUUCAAGGAAGUUGGAGAAGCUUUUACCAUCCUCUCUGAUCCUAAGAAAAAGACUCGCUAUGACAGUGGACAGGACCUAGAUGAGGAAGGCAUGAAUAUGGGCGAUUUUGACGCAAACAAUAUCUUCAAGGCAUUCUUUGGCGGUCCUGGGGGCUUCAGUUUUGAAGCAUCUGGUCCAGGGAAUUUCUUUUUUCAAUUUGGCUAAUGAAAGGAAACCAUCCGGAACCCAGAAAGUGCAGACUUGCUCAAUGUAACCUUGAACGUGGGCACAGCUCACCUCCUCCCUUCAUCUCGUCUCCCCGUCCUUAGAGCAGUUGCGUUUUCUUAGUUGGAUACCCCUGUGUCUGUGUGAGUGGGGGGAAGGAAGGGAGCCAGCGCGGAAGACUGCGGGGAGGGGAGAGGGGUGGGGGGUGGACAGGGAGGCAGCUUGUGAAUUUUUGUUUUACUGUUUAACUUUAUUAAAAAAGAAAAAAAAUUAAGAGAA